AAACAGAGCUGGCCCUCCUGUUCCCCAGUCUCAUAACGACCAAUCAGCCACCAGGUAAGAGAAUGAGUGGGAGAGCUAAGGGCUGGGGCUAGAAGCCAAGGACUUGGUUUGCAUACACUGAGGAACUAGUAGAGAGAAAGGCAGACUAUAAUUUUUCUGGAAACUUUUUUUGUCUCUUAUUUUGAACGCUUAUUACUACUUUGAUAUGAACUGUUACACAUGCAUUAAGCAGCAGUUAUCACUUUAGCAAUGCUUCUUUCAGACAGUUUACUAUAAUUUAAUAGAAAGAUGGGAGGGAACAAUGGAGAAAUAAUGUUAUAAAAUGUCCUAGAAAAAAAGAUGUAGCUAAUUUUCUUCCUAUGCCAAUAGCUUUCAGUGCAUCUGGAAUUACUCUGAACAACUGUUUAAGUGUAACCUCUGUCCGGGCUACAGUGAUCCAGCGAUGUGUCUGUCUUAGUGCAGGGAUUGAGGAUUAGGUGGUAGGAGAUGAGGGUUAAUCUCUUUGUAGGAAUGGUAUAACUCUAUCCAGCUCUGUGCAAUCUGACCAGAUUAGAGGUCCUUUUAAUAGGCUGACAUAUGGCAUAGGGUAAACUGAUUGAGGGCAGCCUGGAGUUGCGUGUCUUUGGGGGUUUGCUCCUUCUGAUUCCCCAAAUCACUGGAGAACUACUUAGAGUCAGACUUUGAAUUAUUGGCUUGUUUGGUUUUGGUGACAUUUAAAGUUUGAUUUAAAGUGUUUUGCAAUUAGUGAUUUGUUGCAUUGUUCAAAUAUUGUUAGCUUUAAAUCUAUUUUGAACCAUUCAAUGUUGACUUCCCAUGGUUUACCGAGUGACGCAGUGGUCUAAGGCACUGCAUCGCAGUGCUAGCUGUGCCACUAGAGAUCCUGGUUCGAAUCCAGGCUCUGUCGUAGCCGGCCGUGACCGGGAGACCCAUGGGGCGGUGCACAAUUGGCCCAGCGUCGUCCAGGGUAGGGGAGGGAAUGGCCGGCAGGGAUGUAGCUCAGUUGGUAGAGCAUGGCAUUUGCAACGCCAGGGUUGUGGGUUCGAUUCCAGUAUAAAAAAUAAAAAAAAUGUAUGCACUCACUAACUGUAAGUCGCUCUGGAUAAGAGCGUCUGGUAAAUGUAAAAUGUUUACAGUUUCAAUUGUGAAUAUCUGAAUUCUUGUCUUACUCAUCGCGCACCAUUCGUUCUCUUUUUUCCCCUCAGACCACCAUCAUGAAAUUCCUGGCUCUCGCACUCACCAUCCUGCUGGCCGCAGGUUAGUAUCCCAGCCUUGUCAUAGUGCCGCCAAAUUGAUAAUGUAGUAAUGACAUUUUAAUGCAUUGUGUGUGUACCAUGCUCUGGUAUAUUGAACAAUUCAAAAUGAAAUCUUACUCAAUUCUAUUAAAGUGCUGGGCCAUUCACCACUGUUGCCCAAACAAUGCCUGACCCUCUUCCCCUCUCUCUCCUCUCCCAGGUACCCAGGCUGUUCCUAUGCAGGCCGAUGCUCCCUCUCAGCUGGAGCAUGUGAAGGCAGCCAUGAUGGUGUACAUGACUCAGGUGAAGGAGACCGCACAGAGGUCCAUCGACCUUCUGGAUGACACAGAGUACAAAGAGUACAAGUAAGGACAUGUUGCAUUUCAUCUUCUCUAUCUUCUCUAUCUUCUCUAUCUUCUCUAUCUUCUCGCUCCCUCUUCACUCACUCACUCACUCACUCACUUACUCACUCCAUUCAAAUGUAAAAGGUUCAAUUCAAUGGUGCCCAACCUCCACAGAUAACUAAACCAAUCUCUCUCUCUCUCUCUCUCUCCUCUCUCUCUCUCUCUCUCUCUCUCUCUCUCUCGCUCUCUCUCUCUCUCUCUCUCUCUCUCUCCCUCCCUCCCUCCUCUUCUUGGUGUCCCUUUCAGGCAGCAGCUGUCCCAGAGCCUUGACAACCUCCAGCAGUAUGCCCAGUCCGCCUCCCAGUCCCUGGCCCCCUACAGCGAGGCCUUCGGCACCCAGUUGACUGAUGCCACCGCCGCCGUGCGCGCUGAGGUCAUGAAGGACGUGGAGGAGCUGCGCACCCAGCUGGAGCCCAAGCGUGCCGAGCUCAAGGCAGUCCUGGAAAAGCACAUGGAGGAGUACCGUGAGAAGCUGGAGCCCCUGAUCAAGGAGCACAUCGACCAGCGCCGCACCGAGAUGGAGGCCUUCAGGAUCAAGAUGGAGCCCGUUGUGGAGGAGAUGCGCGCCAAGGUGUCCGCCAAUGUGGAGGAGACCAAGGCCAAGCUCAUGCCCAUCGUGGAGACCGUCCGUGCCAAGCUGACCGAGCGUCUGGAAGAGCUGAGGACCCUGGCCGCCCCCUACGCUGAGGAGUACAAGGAGCAGAUGAUCAAGGCUGUUGAAGAGGUGCGUGAGAAGGUGGUGCCCCUGACUGAGGACUUCAAGGGCCAGGUGGGCCCCGCCGCCGAGCAGGCUAGGCUAAAGCUCAUGUCUAUCUACGAGACCAUCAUCCAGGCCAUGAAGGCAUAAACAUGCCCUCAACCGGACCCUCUCUCCCUUCCUUCCCUUCUCACUCACACUGACUCACACACCAUACGUACCACGCCAAUGCCAAACUGAUGCACUUCCUCUGCAGCGACAUGGCAGGACUCUUGCUCUCUCUAACGCACCACUAACGCGCUCAAGCACACGCAAGCGCAGACACUAACGCACUAUUGCAUACAUUCCGUUUUGAAUUGUGUUCAGGGCCUGUAUGCACAAUCCUGGGCCUGCACAAUCUUGACUGUACUAUGAACAUCAAGUGUUAAUAUUAUUGUGUUGCUGCUUGUUCAAGAUAGCUGUGUGCUUCAAAACAGCUCAAUAAACACCAUACUGUUUCAUACUA